AACACAGUGAGGAGAGAGUAGUAGAGCCAUUCCGUACUGGAGAAGUGUUCUACAAAAGCUCUGAGAAGCCACAUGGAUAAUAACGAUGCUGAGUUCGAUACGAUAAUCAUGUUCGAACAAAUUCGCAAAGCAUCCGAGGCCACCUACUUGAAAAACCCUCUAGAUGCCGAUAACUUGACUAGAUGGGCAGGAGCACUACUGGAACUAGCUCAGUUUCAGAACGAUGAUCCAAAGCAAAUUGUUCAAGAGGCAAUCACUAAGCUUGAAGAGGCGUUGUUGAUUGAGCCAAAGAAACAUCCUGCGAUUUGGUGUCUUGGUAAUGCAUACACUACGCUUGCGUUUUUGACUCCUGAAGAGACUGAAGCUAAAUACAACUUUGACUUAGCCGCUCACUUCUUUCAACUUGCUGUUGAUGAGCAUCCGGAAAGUGAAACCUACCAGAAAUCACUUGAAAUGACAGCCAAGACUCCUCUACUGCACGCAGAGGUUCACAGACAAGGCUUUGGCCAACAGCCACUAGGUGGCGCCGGUCCAUCAGCAGCCUUAAGCUCAAAGGUAGUGAAAAACAGUGAGUUGAAGUAUGAUGUUAUGGGAUGGGUGAUACUAGCCAUUGGCGUUGUUGCUUGGGUUGGUUACGCCAAAGCUAGUGCGCCUAUCUCUCCUCUUCGAUAACUAGUGUUUUAAUCACUCAAAUAGGAGGUUAACUUUUUUUUUAUUUGAAAUUUUCAGUUUUAAGGUUUUCAAGUAGAUUUUUAUUUUGAAUUUAUUGGAAGACAUAACUAUGAACGAUAUUUUGAUUACCAUAAUAACACUUCUGAUGGCACGAC